UAAAAAGGAAAAAGAAAGGUGAAUGAUUCAAGCCAUAUCACAUCACAUGAGUUUAAAAAGGUAUGUAGGGACAGAGCAGAACUCAGACCAGCACACACAGUGGUGUUUUCAAAAAAGGGUGGGUUCAAAUGGUUAUAGUUGUUAGGGAGGAGAGAGAGGGAGACAUAAAUAAAUAAAUAAAUAAAAUAAAUAAAUAAAAUAUUAAAUAAGAAGAAACAGAAACAAAAAAAAGACAGAAGGGGGAGCUGUUAUGGCGUUAUGCAAUGAAAACUGUAUGAGACAGAGAAAUAGGAAAUAGGAAGGGAGAGUUGUUUUUGCGGAAUCUGGAAAAUACUCGCUCUUCUUCGAUUGCUAAUGUACGCAACAACAGCACAGCCAAUAAUAAUAAUAAUACCCUGCUGCUCCAACUGCUGAUCUCUAUUAUUAUUUUCAAAGCUUCUUCACUCGUUGCUUCUGCAACGGUUACUACCAUUAACCACAUACCAACAACCAUCCUUUCGCAUUCUCAUGCCUGUUCUUCUUCUACUCCUGGUGUUCUGCGCACCGCUCUUAACGUGCGCCGACCGCAGCGCCGUUACUGUUGUGGAGAUCCAAGCCUUGACGUCCUUCAAGCUCAACCUCCACGACCCCGUCGGAGCUCUCGACGCUUGGGAUCCGACGUCUCCGGCGGCACCGUGUGACUGGCGCGGAGUCGCAUGCAUGAACGGCCGAGUCACCGAGUUGCGUCUGCCUCGCCUUCAACUCGGUGGCAGACUCAGUGACCGUCUCUCCGAGUUGCGCAUGCUACGCAAGAUAAGCCUUCGCUCAAACAACUUAAACGGAACCGUUCCUUCGUCGCUCUCCAAAUGCACGCUCUUACGGUCAUUGUUCCUGCAGGAGAAUUCGUUUACCGGCAACCUUCCGACGGAGAUCGCCAACCUCACUGGUCUUCAGAUUCUCAACGUCGCGCUGAACCGCCUCUCCGGCAGUAUCCCCGGCCUUCUCCCUCUCGGCCUCAAAGCUCUCGACCUCUCGUCGAACGCCUUCUCUGGCGAGAUUCCAAGCUCCUUGGCCAACCUCUAUCAUCUUCAGUUGAUAAACCUGUCGUAUAACCAGUUGUCCGGCGAGAUUCCGGCGAGCCUCGGGGAGCUUCAGCAGCUGCAGUACCUCUGGCUGGACCACAAUCUCCUCGGAGGAACGCUUCCUUCUGCGCUCGCAAAUUGCUCCGCGCUUCUGCAUCUGAGCGUGGACGGAAACGCGCUUACCGGCGUGGUUCCGUCGGCGAUUUCGGCGCUUCCGAGACUUCAGGUGAUGUCACUGUCUCAGAACAACUUCACCGGCUCCAUUCCAGCUUCCGUUUUCUGCAACGGUUCUGUCCACGCGCCGUCGUUGCGGAUUGUUCACCUUAGUUUCAACGGUUUCGUGGAUUUCGUGGGGCCUGAGACGAGCACGUGUAUAAGUGUUCUUCAGGUUUUGGAUAUUCAGCACAAUCGGAUACGAGGCACGUUUCCGUUGUGGUUGACCAACGUGACCACGUUGACCGUGCUUGAUGUGUCCAAUAAUGCACUUUUUGGGGAAGUUCCGCCCCAAAUAGGAAAUCUUUUUAAGUUGGAGGUGUUGAAGAUGGCUAAUAAUUCCUUCACCGGUACCAUUCCGGUGGAACUGAAGAAAUGUGGGUUCCUAAGCGUCGUUGAUUUUGAAGGCAACGAGUUUGGCGGGGAAGUUCCUUCGUUUUUGGGUGAUGUGACGGGGCUGAAGGUGCUCUCUCUCGGUGGGAACCACUUCUCUGGUUCGAUUCCGGUGAGUUUUGGAAACCUUUCAUAUCUUGAAAUGUUGAGUUUGUGGGGUAACAGGUUGACUGGAAGUAUGCCUGAGAUGAUAAUGAGUUUGAACAAUUUGACGAUACUAGACCUUAGUGGAAACAAAUUUACGGGUCAAGUUUAUGCGAGUAUUGGGAAUUUGAAUAAGUUGACGGUUCUCAAUCUCAGUGGCAAUGGCUUCUCUGGAAAAAUUCCUUCCAGUUUGGGGAAUCUUUUCAAGCUAACUACGCUUGACUUGAGCAAACAGAAUCUUUCUGGUGAAUUACCACUUGAGCUCUCGGGAUUGCCCAGUUUGCAAGUUGUUGCACUGCAGGAAAACAAGUUAUCUGGUGAUGUGCCUGAAGGGUUUAGUAGUUUGACGAGUUUGCAGUAUGUUAAUCUCAGUUCUAAUGCCUUUUCCGGGUCUAUUCCUGAAAAUUAUGGCUUUCUUCGUUCAUUGCUUGUUCUUUCGUUGUCUGGUAAUGACAUUACAGGAGCAAUCCCUUCGGAAAUUGGAAAUUGCUCUGGUAUUGAAAUUCUUGAGCUUGGAUCAAACUCUCUGGUAGGUCGCAUUCCUGCUGAUCUCUCUCGUCUCACCUUUUUGAGAGUGCUUGAUUUGAGUGGAAACAAUUUAACUGGGGAUUUGCCUGAGGAAAUCUCCAAAUGCUCGGGGCUAACCACUUUGCUGGUGGAUCACAACCAUCUUUCCGGGGAUAUACCGGGGUCCUUGUGGAAUCUAGCAAACCUGACAAUGCUAGAUCUCUCUGCCAACAACUUGAGUGGGAAAAUUCCGAGCAAUCUUUCUAUGAUUCCAGGUUUAGUGUUCUUAAAUGUCUCGGGAAAUAACUUGGACGGUGAGAUACCACCAACAUUGGGAUCUCGGUUCAGUAACCCCGAUGUAUUCACAGAUAAUCCAGGUUUAUGUGGGAAGCCAUUGGAUACGAAAUGCGAAGAUAUAAAUAAUGGUAAGGACAGAAAGAAGAUGAUUGUGCUUGUGGUUGUCGUUGCUUGUGGAGCUUUUGUACUGGUUUUGUUUUGCUGCUUCUACGUGUUCAGUCUAUUGAGAUGGCGUAAAAGACUGAAACGGGGUGUAUCGGGUGAAAAGAAGAAGAGUCCCGCUAGAGCCAGUUCUGGAACAAGUGGAGGUCGUAGCAGCACUGAGAGUGGGGGACCAAAACUAGUGAUGUUUAACACUAAAGUUACACUUGCUGAGACCAUUGAAGCAACAAGACAAUUCGACGAAGAGAACGUGCUGAGCAGAACAAGGUACGGAUUAGUGUUCAAAGCCUGUUACAACGAUGGAAUGGUCCUCUCCAUUCGCAGGCUCCAAGAUGGAUCAUUGGAUGAGAACAUGUUUAGAAAAGAAGCCGAAUCACUAGGCAAAGUGAAGCACCGAAAUUUAACAGUUCUCAGAGGUUAUUAUGCUGGGCCACCUGACAUGAGACUCCUAGUCUACGAUUACAUGCCCAAUGGAAACCUCGCAACCCUGCUCCAAGAAGCUUCUCACCAAGAUGGUCACGUUCUAAAUUGGCCAAUGCGACACCUCAUUGCACUGGGCAUUGCCCGUGGUCUAGGCUUCCUACACCAAUCCUCGAUGGUCCACGGCAACGUGAAACCGCAAAAUGUCCUAUUCGAUGCAGAUUUCGAAGCCCAUUUAUCAGAUUUUGGGUUAGAAAAGUUAACAGUAGCCACCACCCCAGGUGAAGCCUCAACUUCAGCAUCAGUUGGCACGUUGGGUUACGUUUCUCCAGAAGCAGUCUUAACCGGGGAAGCCACGAAGGAGAGUGAUGUUUACAGCUUUGGCAUUGUGUUGUUGGAACUGCUGACUGGAAAACGACCCGUCAUGUUCACCCAGGACGAAGACAUAGUGAAGUGGGUAAAAAAACAAUUACAAAGGGGUCAAAUAACAGAGCUAUUAGAACCGGGUUUGCUUGAGUUGGAUCCAGAAUCAUCAGAGUGGGAAGAAUUUUUACUGGGUGUAAAAGUUGGGUUACUUUGCACAGCACCUGACCCUCUUGAUCGACCAACCAUGUCUGACAUUGUUUUCAUGCUUGAAGGCUGUCGAGUCGGUCCUGAUAUCCCAUCCUCCGCGGAUCCCACCUCCCAACCUUCUCCGGCCUAACUCAAAUCCGCAAAUUUUCAUGAUCAACUUUAACAUUUAGUUGUUUUGAUUAUUAAAAAACCCUUAUCUUUCUCCCCUGUUCUUCGUUAUUAACUUGUUUUCUUUCUGCCGAAUUCUUUCCCCUUGAAGAAGAAAAAAACGGGAAAAGGUAACAUUGUCGCCACUUUUUCCAUUUUUGGUGGCUAUUUUCACGGUUUGUUUCAAAGUGAUGCCGGACUCGUAGAUGGAGAGGUGGGAACCCCAUGAUGAGGCGUGUUAUCUCUCUCUCACUUUCUCGAGUUCUAAGUUAGUCAACGUCUAUGACAUACAGAGUGGUUUGCGAUACCGAGGAACGAGUGAGGACAAGGAGGUUCCGGCAACGGAGCUGAAUGAUGUAGCCGUUAAGAUUGUGGGGUCCGAGGUACACGUUGUUCCCAAGAGUAGUAGUGCAUUGUUUUUUGGUGUAACCCAUCUGGUCAUGCAGCUUGAAAGACAUGUAGAAUUCAGUAUUCCCAUUGGUGCGCCACGUGUAUUUUUUUGGUGCCCUAAUUAAUUCUAGUUUAUUAUUUGUCUUCAUUUUGGGAUUUGUUUAUUUAUUUUUUGUUUAGCGGAAAGAAGGGAAUAGAGAAAAGUCACGAGGGACGAAUACAUUAUGAUUGGCCAUUUGGCCCACGGCUCAACAACUCUUGAACCUUUCUUUGUGGGUCAUCAUCAUAUCAUAUCCGCCACUUUUUCUUUGAAUUGGAUUCUGCCUGGUUACCAUUUUUUUGCUUUAGGGACUUUUCAGGGAGCACUUGCCAUCUAUUUGGGAGAUUCAAGAACCUUCCUCUUUGUGAUUGGAUCUGGUUAUGUGGGGAGUAACUAUGUGAGUCCAACUUGCUUCUAAAUCUUCUUUAUUUUUUUUUUCUUCAUCUGUGAUACCUAUUUAGCAGUAUAUGGUAGUGGCUCAAGACUCCAAGAUUC